CGCAUGGAUACUCUUGUUCCGCCCGCUAGUUUUUUUUCUCAAGAGGCACCCCAGACGAUCCCAAUCCAGACCAGUCCGCCGUCGUCGUUGGCUCCUCAGGUCCCCGUUGCCCGCAGCACACAGACCGCAGUUACUUAUAGUGACUCCUUGCCCAGGCCCAUCGUCGUAGGCGAGCUCCUAGACUCGAUUAUUGUUGUUGUUGAAAUUCCGAAGACAAUUCCAAUUGCAGUUCAGAUUUGAGAGCAGAUCCGACAGCUUGAUAUCCUGUUGUGUAGCAUCAGGGUUCUCCUUCCCUCUAGAUACUAUAUAUUAUAUACCUACCUUCUGGUCCUCGUCCUCCAUCUGAUAGAGAGCGGUUACAGAACAACCCUGACCCCAACAGGGCUGAUUGCUGAUUAGGGUCUGUGUGGGUGCGAAUCUCGGAACCAAGCACUGGGCCCAAUCCACG